UUUUCGCGAUUUUCUGCACUCUUGGAGGUGUUGCGAUUUUCCAUUUCCCAUUUUCCAGUUAGGAAAAGAAGUAAAGUGCGGCCGUGGUGAAGAAAGGCAGGAUACUACUUAGUGCAGUCGAACGCUGGCAUUUCGCUGUAACACAAGGCAAAAGGUUCCGCACGCAGAAUCCGAUCAAUCGAGCAGGGUACCACAAAAGCGAGUGCCAGUGAAAAAGCAGCUACUUCGAUUUAGUUGCGUUGUUGCUACAGAUUCUCGGAUUCGGAGAUCUUCCCUGAUCGAAAGAUUUUGCGACACCCAGCGCAAACAAAGCAUCUGCCCUGCUCCAUCUAUCCAGUGCAUCAUCCCCUCCAGCGCCUGCCCGGGGCGCAAGAUGGAGCACUAAACGAGAGCGACACCGCCGUUCAGGUUUUGUGAAACAUCGAGUGAAUGGUGGGCGGCAGUGGUGACUUCACUGUCGCAGGAAAAGAAAUCAAACCCCUGCAAGAGUGAAUCGAGUUCUAGAUUCGUGCGACGCCGUUCUCGAUCAGGCGACAGCAAACAAGAUCAAGUGAAAUGAAAUGUGAUAUCGCAAGGUGCAAGAUCUGUGUUUUGGUGCAUCGGGCUAAUGAUAAACGGUGAUCCUGUGUUUGCCGUUCCCGCUUGUGAUAAGAAGGGCGCGACCGGUGGUGGGGCCAGAAAAUGGAGUCAGCCACCAGCGGCAGCGGGGUGUCUUCCGUGGCGAGCCUAGGUGGUAGUGGAGCCACCGUUAGUGUCGCGAAUCGGCCUCCAGUUACGGCACUCUUUCGUGAAAUCCACAAAAACAGCUGGCUACGAAAGCUAGGUGCCGAUAGCAGGCGCACAUCGGUGCUGAACAAGAAGCCGGACCGUUACUGGGUAGUGUUUUGUGUGCACGAUGAUUGUGAAGCAUUCCUGGAGGGUUUUAGCGAUCCUCGGCAGGCGCCAUCGCACACGCCGGAAUGGUCACUAUCACUACAGUCCGUACAGCACAUCUCCCACGCACUGGUAUCAGUAGAGCAGGAAUUUGAAUUUGUGAUAACACUUGGUAGUGAGGUAGCCCGCUUCAAUGCCAACACUUGGGAGUGCAUGCAGGAAUGGGUGGACUGUUUGCGGACGAAAUUGCGAGAAAUGAAGCUUCUUUCGCCGAAGGAGAACUUGUACUCGCGACUGCCGGAGAUCAAGCCUCCGUUAGCACCGACGCGUGAUCCUACCUCACCACUACCGGCCACACCUCCAGUUCCAGCCGCUCUUGUGCCGGGUAUCGAGCGCCCUCCGCCACCUUCUCAACAGCAUCAUCACUCUCACAUUCAUCACUCAAUCACAGCGGGAACGAGUGGAACAAGUCCCUCGUUACCGUUGGCGGCCCCUACUGGAUCCGUACAAGCUGCAUCACAGGUCCCGGUCGCCGGUUGUAGCUCUAGUGGACCAUCGCUGGCCGGCCACACCGGUACCACCAGCUCAAACUUAUCCUUCUCGUCAUCCGCAUCAUCAUCAUCAUCGUCGUCCUCGUCCUCGUCCUCAUCAUCGACUUCGUCAUCUGGAAGCUACUCAUCCACCUUGACUUCGAUAUCUUCCUGCCCACUCAACGGAACUAAUCCUCCCGCAAUGUCCAACACCUCAACCCAAAAUCUCAUGAACCUCCUGUCGAACCCACUACAGGCGGUCAGUAGUAUUGGUGCGCAAAGCAAACCCACACAUACUCACCGUCAAGCUGCGACGGAUUCAUUGCAACCCCCGGCGGAACACGAAUUGCAAGCGGCAGAAGAGUCGCCCGAUCGGAAUGUCAUUACCGUAACGCCAUCGAAUCUCCCGAAACCGCAAAAAAUAAUCACCAGGGAAAAUGGGCACGGCAGUACCGGACACCAUCACCAGCACCACCAUAAUGGCAUACACGGUUUGCAGUAUCAGCAAGGAGCGGUACAAGCUUCCGGUACAUCCGCAACCUCCUCACUAGCGACCACCUUUGUGAACAACGUCCUGGCAGACCCGUCCGGUACGGCGGCGUCACUCAAGCGUAGCGAUAAGCUGCCACAGCUUGAUGUACGCACUCAAAAUACUGAAACAAAUGGCUGUGAUGAUGAUGAUUAUGUUGAUGAUGAUGAUGAUGACGAUGAUGCAGAUCAUGUAGUGGCGGGUGGUGGAUAUUGCACGAGUGAUGCUGGUGACAGCAGCAACGGUCACAACGCAAAGGUUGUUGUUACUUCCGGAAAAGAUGACACUUGUAUAGAUGAGGUGAAUGAAGCUACCAGUUUGAAGCAACAAGGGUGUUUGCAAGGCUGUCAAAAGACGACUAGCAGUUGCCGGAAUAUCUGCAUGCCUAAUAAAACUAGCAAUUAUGAACUAGCGACAUCAUCUAAUGUCUGGGGCCCCACUGGAACUCAUCCAACAGCUGUGAAAUCCUCAACCGUUAACGUUGCAUCUCCUGCGCCUGCUACACCGAACGCUAGGCUUGAUCUGAAACGAUCGCGUCGGAAAAUUUCACCGGCCAACGGGGGGCAGUAUGUUCCGAGCUCAGGUGCAGCAUCUUCCGAUGAACAGGGGGCAAACGUUACAAUAAUUCAAGUAUCAAACAGCAGCAUGGCGACUACGACUUCCUCGCCAACGGUAGUGAAUUCUCCUCCAAAACCGGUGCCACGGUUUAAUUUUCUAAAACCCAAACCAGCAGCGAUCGCCACCGUUUCAACCAUUAUUACGGACAGUGAAGCGGUUGACAAUGAUUACAAAAGUAACGUGCAAAUCAUUCCGUCCAAUGUGGAGUACGAGCAACAGUCUAACCAGUUCGAAAACCAUAGCCUGAUGCAACCAUCAAUUAUUGCAUCGAUCAACGAGCAGCAAAUUACAACCGUAACCGUGCCCAAUGUUCGGUCGGAUUUGGCGUCCACUACACCCACUUUAGUGACAACCAGCCCUGCCACAGUACAGAUAGCUGUUGCAACCUCCUCAACCGCAAUUAAGGGUUCGGAAAACAACUUUGGUUCCGUGACACAGAUUGCCGUAAAUUCGGCACCCAACACAGGAACUGUAACGGCAAGUAAUGGACCUUUGUCUACACCGCAGCACUACGAACAGGUCUUCUUGAGCAGCUCGACCGUACAGGUAACGACUGCAGCAGUAGGUGAUACACUACCCGUUGUUCCAGUGCUCAAUUGUAAUGGUGGUAAUAGGCCAACAGCAGGUAAAAGCAGCAAGGUGUUGCUGCUCAGCCGGCAACAACGUUCCUCUAGUCAAUCGGAAUUACUUCCCUCCCAUUCCGGCGGCAAUGGUAGUGGUGGUGGUGGUGGAAACAACAAGGAGAACCACACGCAGCACAGUAUUGUUGCAAGUAAGCCCUCCACCUCUAAGCAAGGAGUGUUACCUACCGCCAGUAGCACAGCGGCACCGAUACACUUGAUUGGUGGAAGCCCUUCGAAGCGCGCCGUUGUAGAUAAGAACAUAUACUCUGCACAUCCUCAGCGAGGCCCAUUGCUUCAGCGUGGGCUUACCGAACUGGUCCUCAGUACUCGUGGAAGUAGGCCAAUCAACAGCAGUUCCGUAGGAGGUGGAGGAGCUGGGGACCAAGAUGUAACUGCCAUCAAUGGAGGGCGUAGCAGGAGAGAAGCACUGAUCGAAAGUAAAAUUCGAUCGGAUCAUCACUUGGAACCGGAGCAGCGUCGACGUAGCUCCUCCACAUCGGAUGCGCGACAAGAGACGACUCGUGUCGUCGCUAGCCCUCCUAGCGGGGUCAAUCGUUUACAGUCCCCGCCACAACCUUUCCGUCCACACCAUGCUCUUAUUAAUGUUCCGAACGAAACACCAUCCAGUAACCGGAAGCUGACACUGCGUGAGCAGCAAGUGUUUCAAUUGCGGCGUGAAAUGAUGCAUCCCGGAGGCGUUCGUCUACAGUUGCGACGAAAGGAUUGUAUUAACUCGAUCGGCCUAGUCGACGCAUUCGGAGGUGUGUGGGUGGCCGGUUGGAAACAAAAGGAACAUCCAGUCCUCUAUAACGCGCUUCACAUUGGCGAUCAGUUGAUCAGUGUAGCGGGAGUAGCAAUAGCUUCGGCCGCCGAUGCUCACAAGACUAUUCGAGCGGCCCCCGGUCUAUUCGUUGAGCUAAUAAUCAGAAGAGUACCAUUUGGACGUGUGUAUGCCAUACGGCGCGAACUCGAUGGCCAAUGUUUGGGUUUAAUACGUGAUGGUAACACGGCAACUAUUGUUGAUGUGGUACCAAACAGUUUAGCUGCCCGUCAUGGGCUGCCUCCGAAGGCAAAAUCUUGUGAUGGAUUAUCGUUAACUUUUUGGGUGUUGACCGAAAUCAAUGGGCGACCUUUGAAUCUAUUUUUCAAAGAGCAUGAAAUACGCGAUCGAUUAAACGCGGUUGGACGAGACAUUUCCAUUCUGGUGCAACCGGCUGAUCUUAUAACAAAACUGAAGAAGCAACUAAAAUCACUACGCAGCCACAAGGACUUUAUUGUGCAAUAGUCGCGGGAGUAGCAGAUUGCUUAAAGACUUCUACUACGACGAAAUCACUCGCCGUGUCCUGCGGUGGUGCUCGAGUGGGGGAAGUAUUAUAUACGAACGCAAAACAAGAACCCAGAGAAACUGAAAGGAGAUUGAACUUUUAGAAAAUGUAUGUUAUCUCAAUUAAAACGAAAGCGUACGACGACGGCGCUUACGACGAUAACAAUAUAGCAUGCGAUCAAACUUCGUAACUGAUACUGCAGGAACAGUAAACCAUGUGUUACUACUUAUACUAUCUUGGAUACAAAACCUUUCUUUACACUUUCCAUUAAACCCUUAGCGAAUAGUGUUGCUGGUAGUGCAAAGGCAUUGGCAACAUUCAUACCUAACUAUGUAUAAGUGAUAACUAGGCAAAGUUUUUGGAAUUUUCGAAUGGUGGGAACGGAUGAUUAGUGCAAAUUUUAACAACCUAGAGCCGCUAGCUAACGAUCAUGGCAACUAUAAUCUCAAAAGAAUUCACAUACCGUUGUGGAAUCUUCUGACAUGUGGAAGAAUUUUACAACAACGUAUAACAACAUAUAGUACAACUAGGGAGGGUACAGAGUCGUUUGAAGCGGUAACGUUGUCUCAAACGACACCUUGAAGUUGAAGUAAGCUCCUGGCAACAGAUCUGGUGGUACUUAAUACCAUUGCAACGGUGAUUUCUCAUUUUGGUGUUUGUGUGUGUGAAAGUAUUGGGAGAAAAAGGAAGGAACACACACAUGGUGGCGAGUAAACGGGAUUAUAAGCUGGAUGUACAAAUCCUUUGCUUUCUUGGCGUAUUCACACAUCUAUCAAACUAUCAUCAACAGGAAGCACAAACGAACAAGGAAGGGAACACUCUCUUUUGGAGAUUCCCUUUGCACCCAUUCACCCAACAACAAUACAUAUCGUGUGCUGAUCGGGCCAGGUUUUGGCAUCACGAAGUGACUGAUAAGAAGUCUUUUAUUUCGCGUUCCCCAUCCACUUUCACGUAUGAAAAGAUUUUAAAGUCUGAGCAGCAGAGCAUUUGGAAAAUAGGUGACUGGUAGGCGCUUGGUUUUUUUUUAUACCAACGUCAAAGCGUUUUUGAUACAGAAAUAUAUGACAGCAGACGGUACAGCAUUCCGGUAAGAAUUGUGCUAAAAAUAGUAUUAGACGAUAGCAAACGAUCAGUUGCUGCAAGGGAGCCUGGAAAUCCACGAUAAUACUUUGAUACUAGAUAAAUAAGCUAAAAACAGAAUCUUAGAACAAGCAAAGCUGAACGUUUUAUUGUGUGUAGCUCUCCGUAGUCCCGUCGAUAAAAAUACUCGUAUUGUACGCGUGCAGUUCCUUUGCGCAGUCCGGGCUCUCCAGUAGAUUUGAAGAAAGUCAAUAAAGUGACACGUAAUGGCUUUCUCGUUUCUAAUA